CAACACUUCAAGCUCUCUCCGUCAUACCAGAUCUCAUCUGCACGCCUUUUACUCGUCCUCAUCCAUCCAUCACUCUACUCUCAUUCUAUCUCUGUACCCUGCGAUUUUCAAACUGGCUCUUACGCCCCGUUAAUCCAGCCCAGCUAGGGCGGCGACUCGAAGGAUCUUGCAAGCGAUCGCAUCAAAAAAGAAUCUGAACAGCCUCGAAAACCAACACGAUCCAUCUACUCAUAUCUAAUACUCUUCUCGAAGAACAAAGCGAACAUUCACCAUGUCUUCACCACCACCCCCUGGCAACCCUCUAAAACGACCCUCGAUGUCCUCCUCCGCCUCCCAACCCAUUGGCGCCAACCCGAAACGCGCACGCAUGCACCCCCUCCGCCAGACCUCAUUCCCGACGACGAUCGAAGCGGAAUCGCGCACGUUCAGUGAUGCAGGGAGCGUGACGGGGAGUUUCACGGGGAGUCUGGGGGGCACGAGUGCGGACGGGGUUUUCUCGGGAGCUGCUUCGAAGAUGAAGAAACGGGGUCGGAAGAGUAAAGCAGAAAAAGAGCGAGAGAGGGAAGACGCGGCUAGUAUGAGGGGGAUGGAGACGAGGGUCGGGUCUGUCGAUGCUGAGGGUUCGGUUCGAGGGGGUCCUAGUGGUGGGGGCGGCGGCGGUGGUGCAGGGGGUGGCGCGGAUGACGGGGAUGAUGAUGAUGAUUUUGAUGAUGAGGUGGAGUUAUUGGGGAGAGAGGAUGGAGCUACGGAUACGGAGGCAGAGAAGAAGAAUCUUGCGCUACUUGUCGACGCGUUUAACCCCUUACAAUCGGAACGAUAUGAUUUGUUCAAACGAGCCAAGCUGAGGAAGGAAACACUCCGGCGAAUUGUGAAUCAUGUGCUCUCGCAAUCUGUGCCUGCCAGUGUGGUCACCACCAUCAACGGAUUUACGAAGGUGUUUGCCGGAGAGAUGAUCGAAAAGGCUCGAACAGUCCAGGCUGAAUGGGCCGAUGCACACGAUCAGGCAGCAUUAGCCGCUUUCGAGGCGGAAGAGAGAGCAGCCGAUGAGAGAGCAGCAGCCGCGGCAACAGCAGCAACAACCUCUGGCGGUGCGACACCGACAUCUGGUGCAACAACACCCGUGAAUGGAGCAGGCGAUCCGGCCGUGAAAAAGGAGCCGUUGAAUGGUGACCGCUCUUCGAUCCCUCCACAUGUCCAUGCAGCAGCGAGUCGGCCAUCGAGUCCUAGCCACAACCCAAACCCCGUGCGGCCACGACGGGAGUUCAAACCGCCUCCCAACCCCCACCGAGGCCAGCUGCUACCGUCACACCUCCGCGAGGCACAGCGACGGUAUAAGCGAGACUACGAAGGAGGAGGGGUUGGGUUCUCGGGGCUAAGCAUGGGCAACCUGGGCGUGCGGGGAGCGGUGACCUGGAAUGCUGGCGGUGCUGGAGGACGAAGAAUCUUCCGAUAGACUUGAACUUAUGAUGCGAUGAACAUGUACAGUCUGGUAAUCCUAAUAAUGAAAGUAAUCCGAUUAUCCGUCUAUGCUUCUAUCUAUCUAUUUCAGAUAUAGGAUUUGCUUCCGGAAACACCCAUGCUCUGGGCAGUGAGUUCUGUGUGUUUGUUGUUGUACUGCACUUGCAGGUCCAUAUUGAGUUCUCAACUGCAUCGAUGUUAUGCAUCAGCCUUAUCAGGACCGCAGAGAACCACAGGCAACAUACUUGACCCUCUCACAAGGGGUUAUCCCUUUAUCAGGCUUAUUGCGAUCAGCUGAGUUGUUUCUAUGCAUCUGUAGAUGUAUUCUAUUUGAAAUUCGA